AUGCCUCAAAGAAAGGACAAGGACCCCAAUGCGUUUCCCACCCGACAGCUACUUGUUCUUGCAAUAUGUCGAUUCUCAGAGCCCAUCGCCUUCAACUCAAUCCUGGCGUACACCUUCUUUAUGGUGAUCGACUUAGGAGUUGAGAAGCAGGAAGCCUCAUUCUAUGCCGGCUUGCUGGUCUCCGCCUACGCCGUGGCCGAAGCAUUGACUUCAAUGGCCUGGGGCGCCUUGUCCGACCGUAUUGGCCGGAAACCCGUCGUACUUUUCGGCCUGGUUGGUGUCGCCAUUUCCAGUUUGAUUUUUGGCCUGGCGAAGCAAUACUGGGUCGCUCUCUUGGCACGAUUCAUCGGUGGAGCCCUCAACGGCAAUGUGUCGGUUAUGCAGACCAUGGUGGCUGAGAUGGUCAAGAAUCCUGACCAUGAGCCCAAGGCCUAUGCCGUGCAGCCGUUCGUCUGGACCCUUGGCGGCAUUAUUGGUUCUGCCAUGGGAGGUUUCCUUGCCCAGCCUGCAGUUUAUUACCCUUCCCUUUUCUCCAAGGACGGCAUCUUUGGCCAGUACCCGUACCUGCUUCCCAACCUAGUUUCCGUUAUUGUCGUUGCCAUUGCUGUAAUCCAGGGUUUCUUUUUCCUAGAAGAGACCAAUAUCCACAGGGAUCACACCGAAGAGGAUGAUUUUACCGACGCGGACUAUAACGAAGCCGUUGCCGACGAAGACUUCCCCGAUGAGAGAACACCGCUUCGGAGAGCCCCGCAAAGAAACUUCAAUCGCAACCGCUCCAUCUCCACUAGUCACUCAAGACCGCGAUUCGUUGAAUCGAGUCUUCCCCUUCCAAUCGAGCAUGAUUUUGACCUUAGGAGAUCAUCUUUUGGAACUGUUCACUCCAUCAAGGUUGUGCCAGAUGAAGUGCGCACUGAUUUGUUGCGCCCGAAUGGCCAAAACGGCCACAAUGGCAAUGGGCGUGCCCAGCCCCGGACUCCCAAACCCAAAGUAAAGACGUUUAACUUUACGGUCAUUAUGCUUACCACUACACUGGUCAUUUUCUCCUACCACCAGAUGGCAGCUGGUUCGCUCUUGCCGACUCAUCUACUCGACGACCGAUUAGCACCCCCUGGACAUUUGGACCUGCGUGGAGGUUUGGGCUAUGACCUCCAUGACGUGGGUACCUAUUUAGCAGUCAAUGGUGUUCUAGGACUUCUCAUCCAGGGUCUCAUAUUCCCCAUCUUUGUCGAGCGUGUCGGAGUCUGGGGCUCCUUCAUCUGGAUGGUCGUUCUUUACCCUACGGCUUACCUCCUGAUGCCUUUCUUGUCAGCUUUCCCUGACCUCAUUACUCAGGCAGGAAUCUAUCUGUCUUUGGUUAUGCAGAGUUUCUAUGGUAUUAUUGUCGGUCCGGUCACCCUCAUAUUACUCAAGAACGCAACACCAUCCCCGCAGGCCCUUGGAAAGGUUAACGGGCUGGCCAUGUCAGGCGCCUGUCUCGCUAGAACGAUCUCCCCGCCUCUUGUUGGCGUUAUCUACAGUUUCGCAGGCUCUGCAGCGGCCUGGUGGAGCUGUUCCGGCAUUGCAUUGGUAGGUGUUCUGCAGGUCAUCUGGGUUCCCAAGAAACAUAUCCAUGUCGACCAUGUCGAGGUCGACAACGCUCUGGCUAGGCAGACUACGAACAACUCGCAAAGAGGAGACGAACCCCGGGGUCGUGUCUGA